UAAGUGUUUAAAUUCAACGGGAGUUGGUUGUGUCGGGUUUCCACGGAGGGGAACGCUAUUAAAAUAUCUACAAACAUUAUCUUUAAUUGGGCUGAAUUUUGCGCCUGUGUGCGCGGGUUUUUUUUAUUCAGUGUCGCUUUUUUCCAAGUUGAUCACUGUUAUCAGUAUUGUUUAGUGCGGUUAGUGUUGUGAACGAAAAUGACUUCAGUGACGUGACAGUUCGAGAAAAAUCGCCAAUUCGCGAUUCGCGCUUGAAAAAUCGACAAAAAUGACACGUGCCACAUAAUAGUGAUGCGAUUAAAAGUAACUAUCGCAGUCCCGUUCAUCUUGAUUGCCGACGAUUAACCAAUAACCAAUAUAAUCAUCUCUGACCCCAUCGAUUUCUAAACGUGUUUUUCGGCGUUUCACUUUUUCCGAAUCGGAUUUUUAACGGUUUUUCUGUGUUCACAAACAGUGCGUUCGGGUUUUAGAGAACAUAAUUCUGUGUGACUGUGCUCUAAAAUUAUUGUGGAAAAGUGAUGCUGUGUGCCGUUUGAUUUUUCGAUUUUUCCGCUAAACCAGCGGCUACCCCGGGCCCCCACAAACCCUCAAAAUUACCCGAAUCCAGUCCCCAAAACCCACCCUGAGUUUCUCAGAUCCUUUCGGGCCUCCCACGUCGUCGGACGCGGGGGGCCCUUCCACCCCGCAGCCCGCCAUGACGACCCAGGAGGCCUUAGACCACCACCACCAUUUGGGGUCUCAGACCCCCCAUGACCCCAAUUCGGCAAACUCAACACCGACGAAUGUCUCUUCUAAAUCCGCUUUUAUCGAACUCCAGCAGCAUGGAUACGGUUUUAAGGGGGGUUACCAGCAUCCCCACCAUUUUGGGAGUCCUGGGGGUCAGCAGAACCCGCAUGAGGCCUCAGGGUUCCCUAGUCCGCGGUCGUUGGGGUAUCCUUUUCCUCCUAUGCAUCAGAAUACGUACGGGUAUCAUUUGGGGUCGUACGCGCCGCAGUGUUCGAGUCCGCCUAAAGAUGAAAAAUGCGGUCUAAGCGACGACCCCGGCCUCCGGGUGAAUGGUAAAGGCAAGAAGAUGAGGAAACCACGGACCAUAUACAGCAGUCUGCAGCUCCAGCAGUUGAAUAGAAGGUUCCAGAGGACGCAGUACCUCGCGCUGCCGGAGCGGGCCGAGCUGGCUGCUAGUUUAGGCCUCACGCAGACUCAGGUGAAGAUCUGGUUCCAAAACCGCCGCAGCAAAUACAAGAAGAUGAUGAAGGCCGCGCAGGUGGGGGCUCCGCCGCCGGGCCUAGGGCUCCCGCCCGCCAGCCCGCCCAGCAACAACCAAUUAUUACAUGGCGGCGGCGGCAGCUCGUCCGGCUCGCAGCACUCCCCCGGCGCGUACGCAGGCGCCGCGCAGGCGCACUCGCCCACCCCGAGCUCCACCCCCGUCUCUGAGCUGUCCCCAGGGCUAUCCCCCACGGGGACGCCAUGGGACGUGAAGCAGCCCCCACAGCCAAAUUGGGACGUUAAGCCAUCGGCAGGACGGUCGCCGGACGGUGCGUCGUGCGAUGUGAAACCACCUCAUCAGCAGUCGUGGGACCCGAGGGUCGGAUACGGCGCGCCGCCCGGCCCGUGGGACAUGAAAGGCGCGCACGCGCACGCGCUCCACCACCAGGGGGCGCCGCAGCCCCACCCCCCCUACGUGCCCCAGUACUCCUGGUACCAAACUGACGCAAACCCUGGACUUUUGACUCCGAUGCAGUUGCAGUAUUAUUCCAACUAUUGCUGACAGUAACUCAAGGACACAUCUGAUGAUGCUGAUAUUCAAUAAAUAGGGUAUGGCCUGCAGUGUAACAGCUCUCUGGCAUCGUAACUUCACGAUAGUGAAAUUCAAAAUGGCGCCCGCUACAAAAUGGCGGACUUACCUGUCAAGUUAAAAUGACAGCUAUGUCAUUUUUAACGCACACGAGCUGUAAAUGUGAAUUACUUGUAUCGGCACAACCAACUCUAUCUAUAAGAAAAUUAUUUAAUAAAAUCAACUAAACAUCAUUGUAAAUUUUUAUAAUUAACUAAAAAUAAGAUGUAAUUGUUAAAAAAAGGUUAUUUGUACAUGUUAUUGGGCAAUUGUGUUUUUACUACAAUUUUGCUUUUUGGUGUUUUUUAUUUAUUUUGUCUUACGUCAAAUAUAAGAAAUAAUAGUUCCUAUUAUCAAAUGCCAUUUUAUUUUGGAAAUAAAUAAAAACUUUUGUAAGUUUUUGAUGCUUUUAAAUAUCAAGCUAGAGAUUUAUUUUCGUAUUUGACGUUUGCAAAAGUGUCGAAAUUGUAGGAAAAAUACAAAAAUUGGAGAUGCGACAGAUGCUGAUGUGUCUUUAAUAAACCAUUCCAUUUUUAUUUCAUUCCCUCCAAGAAUAUACCAAGAAAUAAUUGUUUUUAAGAACACCCAAUUGAAAUGAAAUAUUGUCAUUUAAAACCAUCCUGCAUCAUGAAUAUUUGCAUAAUAUUUCACAGUAUAUGUAUUAAUAUUAUUUUUUACUUACUCUAAAUUGAGCAUUGAAAAAUUAUAUAGUCCUCCACUUUAAUGAAAAUGCUCGUAUUUUGAACAAAAAUGAGCUUUAAUACAUUUUUAUUUAUAUAAAGUAUCCAUGAACAAACGGCAUAACAAACCAGUCCUUUGUGAUAAAUAAUUUUAAGUUUUAUAGAACAAUAUUGUUUUGAUCUAAAAUUAAUUAAUUUAUUACAGUGUUUGUGCAAAAAUUGUGUUCUGAAUGCAACCUUUUUAUUUAAGCUAUAAAUUUUAUUUUUAAUUUCUACUGCAAUUUCAAUAUUUUAGUCUAUUCGAAACACUUUUACAAAUAUAUUUCACGCUAGAAUAAUAAAAAACUAUAUGUAUCAAAAAAUAAAAUCAUGUAGGUAAUUUCGAUUGCUCAAUUGUUUCAAUAUUUUUAUGCAAAAUACAUAUUUAUAUUUUUAAAUUAUCUGUUAGGCAAUUAUAUGUCGUAUAUAAAAAUUAAACAUGUACAUAAUAACGUUGAUGUGUUCUUAUAUUUUGAAAAUAUAAAUGUGUAUUUUAUAUUUUGAAUAGACUAAAAUAUUUAUUCUAUAUGGGACAUUACGGGGAGAAAUUGUAAAUAUAUUUUGUAUUAUAUAGAGAAAUGAAGUAUACAUAUAAAUAUAAGUAGAUAGUUUAAUUACUUUAUAACUAUUGUAUUAUAAGGAAAGUGGAUAAGAAAAAAAGUGAAUUAAUUUCUUUUGUCAAAAUAAAAAGAGUAAAAGGCU